UCUCUCUGGAACAGCUGAGAAGUCAGGCCCGUUCCCUCCCGGAGGACACCGUUCCUGGCGCGUCCGGUCCGGUCCGGCUCGGCUCGGUUCGGCUCGGCUCCGUGUAGCGCUGCUCAGUUCAGGUUUGCGCGCUCGGAGCAGCACGUGCGGGAGUACGCGUCUCGGAUCGUUCACGAGCCGCGAGUGUUCGCGCGACGGGCGUGGACGAACUCUGUGCGCCGGUUGUUUUCCUCGUUGUGGUUCGGCUGCAUGACGCGCCGUUGCAGGUUCGGACCAUGACGACCGAAGCCGGAUCCGCGGGCAGCGCCAGUGUGCAGGAAGCGGAGGAGCUGGCCCGGGCCCUGAGUGAGGCCAUCAGUUGUGGGGACGGAGAGGAGGCGGCCAGGGUCUCCAUGAGGCUAUCGGAUCUCCCUGUUGCAGUGUCUGUUAGAAUCGACCCCCAGGCCUACCCACUCGACGCCAUACGGUUGAAGGUGGGAGUGGAAGACGCCCAGUCCGAUACCUACAUCCCUGUGACCAUAGAAGUUUCUCCUGACAUGACGAUAGCACAGCUCAAAGACAAGAUCAGUCACGACUAUGGUUUCCAUCCAUCGCUGCAGCGCUGGGUUAUUGGCAAGCGCCUGGCGAAGGACCGUGAAUCACUGUUCAGCCAUGGAGUCCAUCAGAAUGGAGACCAGGCCUUUUUGUUCAUCAUAUCCGCCAACACUGCUCACCUCACACGACACCAACAACAGCUGGAUCAGGAACAGCAGCGCCUAGAGGGCAUAAUGGAGUCAAUGCACCUGCUGCCAAGAGGGUGUGUGGGAGGCCCUGUGGAAAAGAGAGCUUCUCCUCCUCCUCCUCCACCCAAACCUCAGUUAGGCUGGUCCUGUGGUCAGUGUACCUACUUGAACAAGCCGACCCGUCCAGGCUGUGAGAUGUGUGGUGGGGCACGACCAGAGGAGUACCAGGUGCCUAACAUCUACCAGCCGGACCUGGAGGAGACUGUGCGGCUACAGAAGGAGGAGCUGGCCACAUUACAGUACCAGCAGGCCCUGGCAGAUGAGCGGCAGAGAAACUUCAGGUCUCUGCUGGAGACGGAUGAUCAAAGCCUCGUGCCGAACCCCUCCGAGGUGGACUGUCCCAUCUGCUUCUGCACCCUGCAGCCAGGAGAGGGCGCCAUGCUCCGAGAUUGUCUACACAGCUUCUGCAGAGAGUGUCUGAAAGGGACCAUAGAGAACAGCCAGGAUCCGGAGGUGUCCUGUCCCUUCAUGGAUAACGACUACAGCUGUGACAGUAAACUGCAGGACCGGGAGAUCAGAGCCCUCCUGACAGAGAAGGAGCACCAGAGGUUUCUGGACAUACGUCUGAAUAUUGCAGAAAGCCGUCUGGAUCACAGCUUCCACUGCCAGACACCCAACUGCCCCGGCUGGUGCAUCUACGAGGACGAAGUCAACGAGUUUCCCUGUGAACUCUGCAACGAGACCAACUGCAUCCUAUGCAAGGCCAUCCACAAGGACAUAAACUGCAAAGAGUACCAGGAUGACCUUCGCAUCAGAGCCGAGAACGACCUGGCAGCCAAGCAGACCAAGCUCAUGUUGGAAGCUUUGGUGCAGAACGGUGAGGCCAUGCACUGUCCUCGCUGUGCCAUUAUUGUCCAGAAGAAAGAUGGCUGUGACUGGAUAUGCUGUCUGAUGUGCAAGACGGAGAUUUGCUGGGUCACCAAACAGGCUCGCUGGGGGGCAAAUGGUAAUGGAGACACAUCAGGGGGCUGUAGAUGUCGAGUCAACAAUCAACUCUGCCACCCCAACUGCCAGAAUUGCCAUUGAGACAAGCGCACUUAUGUGUGUGUGUGUGUAUAUAUACACGCACACACACACACACGCACACACACACACACACACAUACACAUACACAUGUUCCAUCUCAAGUAACACAGCACCCAAAAAUACCUCCGAAUCCCAAAAUGCAACCAAACUUCUGCAUGUGGUAAAUGGUAAAUAUGGCCCAAAUAUCACAAAACUAAUAUGGGCCACCUUUGGCAAAUAUGCGGCACAUGUGGCACUGCUAUGGCUUGGUUCUGGCCCAGAUCUGGCAAACAGGAGCAGACCGCCCAAGUGCCAUCAUCCCACGCCGUAUGUGGGCCGGAUGAGAGUGUCGGGUGUGGGACGGGUACGGGCCACAGCAGUUUUGCUAUCUGGACGGGGAGGGCUGCAGACUACCACAUGCCUCCUGCGAUACGUGGAGUCACCAGCCACUUCUUUUCACCCGACAGUGAGGAGUUUCGCCAGGAGGCCGUAGCGCGUGGGAGGAUCUCGCUAUCCCCCCUCCCCCCCAAACAGGCGCCCCGACCGACCAGAGGAGGUGCUAGUGCAGCGACCAGGACACACACUCACAUCCGGCUUCCCACCCACAGACAUGGCUAAUUGUGUCUGUAGGGAUGCCUGACCAAGCCGGAGGUAACACGGGGAUUUGAACCAGCGAUCCCCGUGUUGGUAGGCAACGGAAUAGACCGCCGCACCACCCAGAUGCCCGUAACAAGUAGUUUUAUCACAAUUCCAGUUGUUCAGAACGUUUUGAUUACUGCUGUCACGGUUAGGACGAGUACUUCCAGGGCACGUAACUGCAUGUGUAGACAGACGUUGUCUGGUUGAAUGAAAACAGCAGCGGUUUGUUUCUGUGUCCUGUGCUCGCUGACCUCUCCCAUGCCGACGAUGACCCAAGUGUUUUCACACCUCGAUGUGAAACAAGAAGUCAUUAACACACUGAACACUCACCAAAGACGAGGAGCAACUCUAAAGAGUUAAAAACCAAAGGGAAUACACGCUUGAGUAUACAAUACACACAUUUUAUUCACGAGUUUAAAAGGUGCCAGUAAUUGUGAUGUUUUUUGAGCAUUCAUUUCUUUUACAAUGUUUUAUUAACUGAAAAUUAGAUUUCUCUCAUCUCUUAAGUAUAAAAUUAAACUGAUGAAGAACUUUUGAAUAACAAUUUCUCAUUAGCCUUUUGUUGCUUGUGUAUGAAGGACGCCGACGGUGGAGGGGUAUAAUAGAAGCACUAAUUGGUUAUAUUACUAAUUGAUUGAUCGUCAUUGUCAUUGUCCUAAAAGUUAAGUUGUUUUUUUUACUUGACUUUUGAGAGCUGCAUUCAAAUAUAUAAAACCAUUCACAAUCCGUCGUUUAGCUCGAGACGAAAAUGAUCCUUUAGAUAGAAAUCAGGGAACUUUUCCUCUUGGUUAGGUAUGUGACAUUUACUUAAUGCUAUGAAUUAUCUGCCACGUCCUGUGGGCCCAGGGACCACGGCCCUGACCGGAGCUGUGCCCUGACAGGAUGCGGAAGCGGGGCAAGCUAAGCUAACUGCAAGCCCAUGCAGACCGGCAGUUCCGGUAACACCGAGGGUGGUCUGACAGGACGCGGAAGUGGGGCAGGCUAAGCUAACUGCUAGCCCAUGCAGACCGUCAGUUCCGGUAACACCGAGGGCGGUCUGACAGGACGCGGAAGUGGGGCAGGCUAAGCUAACUCAUAGCCCAUGCAGACUGGCAGUUCCGGUAACACCGAGGGCGGUCUGACAGAAUGCGGAAGCGGGGCAGGCUAAGCUAACUGCUAGCCCAUGCAGACUGGCAACACCGAGAGUGGCCUGACAGGACGUGGAAGUGGGGCAGGCUAAGCUAACUGCUAGUCCAUGCAGACCGGCAGUUCCGGUAACACCGAGGGUAGUCUGACAGGACGCGGAAGUGGGGCAGGCUAAGCUAACUGCUAGCCCAUGCAGACCGGCAGUUCCGGUAACACCGAGGGCGGUCUGACAGGACACGGAAGUGGGGCAGGCUGAGCUAACUGCUAGCCCAUGCAGACUGGCAGUUCCGGUAACACCGAGGGCGGUCUGACAGGAUGCGGAAGCGGGGCAGGCUAAGCUAACUGCUAGCCCAUGCAGACUGGCAACACCGAGGUUGGUCUGACAGGACGUGGAAGUGGGGCAGGCUAAGCUAACUGCUAGUCCAUGCAGACCGGCAGUUCCGAUAACACCAAGGGCGGUCUGACAGGACGCGGAAGCGGGGCAGGCUAAGCUAACUGCUAGCCCAUGCAGACCAGCAGUUCCGGUAACACCGAGGGCGGUCUGACAGGACAAGGAAGUGGGGCAGGCUAAGCUAACUCAUAGCCCAUGCAGACUGGCAGUUCCGGUAAGACCGAGGGCGGUCUGACAGGAUGCGGAAGCGGGGCAGGCUAAGCUAACUGCUAGCCCAUGCAGACUGGCAACACCGAGGGUGGUCUGACAGGAUGUGGAAGUGGGGCAGGCUAAGCUAACUGCUAGUCCAUGCAGACCGGCAGUUCCGAUAACACCAAGGGCUGUCUGACAGGACGCGGGGCAGGCUAAGCUAACUGCUAGCCCAUGCAGACCGGCAGUUCCGGUAACACCGAGGGCGGUCGGACAGGACGUGAAAGCGGGGCAGGGUAAGCUAACUUUUUCGUUUUUAGUUUAGCACCGCUGUGGGCUGGGGGAAACGAUGUUGAAAUGAAAUGACAAAGUGUUUCUGGUUUCUGAAUUAUUUCUAGAUGGGAAGAAUUAAACCAUUUUUUAUGCUUAUGUUAAGCAGAUGUGUCUGUAAUGCAGAAAAAACCUCUCCAAGCCUCUUUGACUCUGAAGCACAUUUUACAAUAUUUUGUACUCUUGCAUGUAUUGUAACUGAACUGCUGAACACUAAUUAUGCAUUGUUAACCUGGGACAAAUGAUUUUGUUUUCUUUUUUGCUUCUGUCAAUUUUAUUUCCCGCUGCUCUUUAAAUAAUGAAUGAUUGUUUUUAUUUUAUAUGCACCUUUACUUUAAGAUUUUUAGCCGGGACGAGCGCCUGUCUCUAUUAGACAACUAGCAUGAGAUGCCUGUCCACUUCAUAAGCUGCCUCAACACAGUGUGUUGACUCUUAAAGGGGGAUUUCACCCAAAAAAAUAAAUAAAAGAUA